CAAGCCAAUGACCAUGGACCACUGACGCAAGGAGACCGCCCGCGGGCAGUCGGGCAGACCAUUGCUGCCCGACGCACUCCGUGGGAGCAUCCUCACGCAACAGUAUGCAGCGGGACCGGGAUACGCCAUACCGGGCGUGACACGCUUCGCGUUAGUUCUGUCGAAUAAGUUUGUGAAGAUGGGACGCUUCGUCUCCAGAGUUUUAUUUAGUAGAAAGAAGGACUCGAACAGAAACAGGUGAUGGGGCCCUGAGGCUGGGCGGGACGUGAGCUGGCAGCUGGCAGCGAGCCGCCGCGGGCACCAUGGUUUACGGGCAGAUCCUCCACACCAGCGGGACCGAGGAGGAGGGGGGCUUCCUCAACCUCAACGUGGGGGGGUUCAAGCAGAAGGUGGAGCGCAGCACCCUGCUCCGCUUCCCCCAGACCCGGCUGGGCCGGCUGCUGAGCUGCCGGUCCGAGGAGGCCAUCCUGGAGCUGUGCGACGACUACGGCCGCGCCGAGCGGGAGUACUACUUCGACCGGAACCCGCGCUUCUUCCGCUACGUCCUCAACUUCUACCACACGGGCAAGAUCCACCUGAUGGAGGAGCUGUGCAUCAUCUCCUUCAGCCAGGAGAUAGAGUACUGGGGCAUCAAGGAGCUGUACCUGGACUCCUGCUGCAGCAAUAAGUUCCAGGAGCUGCUGGAGUACGCCGGGGAGAGGGACUGGGACCGCCGGAGCGACGACCAGCAGCAGCAGCCCAGCUUCGACUCCUCCAUCGAGGAGCUCUCGACCCUGGACAAGGACCUGGAGAAGUUCGAGGGCGCCUGGUGCUCGGAGGUGCGCAAGAGCAUCUGGCUGCGCCUGGAGAACCCGGGCUACUCGCGCUCGGCCAAGCUGCUGGCGGUGGCCUCGCUGGCCGUGGUGCUCACCUCCAUCGUGGCCAUGUGCGUGCACAGCAUGCCCGAGUUCCAGCAGGUGGACGCCAACGAAAAGGAGGUGGAGGACCCGGUGCUGGCCGUCUUCGAGACCAUCUGCGUGGCCUGCUUCUCCGCCGAGUUCGCCGUCCGCCUCUCCGUCACGCCCUGCGUGCGGAAGUUCCUCUCCAGCCCGCUCAACGUCAUCGACUUCGUCUCCAUCCUGCCCUUCUACGCCACGCUGGCCUUCGAGACCAUGGACGAGGAGAACGAGGACCUGGAGAACGUGGGCAAGGUGGUGCAGAUCCUGCGGCUGAUGCGCAUCUUCCGCAUACUCAAGCUGGCCCGCCACUCCGUGGGCCUGCGGUCGCUGGGGGCCACGCUCCGCCACAGCUACCACGAGGUGGGCCUCCUCAUCCUCUUCCUCUCCGUGGGCAUCUCCAUCUUCUCCGUCCUCAUCUACUUCGUGGAGAAGGAGGAGGAGGAGUCGGAGCUCCAGACCAUCCCCGUGGGCUGGUGGUGGGCCACCAUCAGCAUGACCACCGUCGGGUACGGGGACACGUACCCCGUCACGCUGGCGGGGAAGCUCAUCGGGACGCUGUGCAUCAUCUGCGGCCUGCUGGUGGUGGCCCUGCCCAUCACCAUCAUCUUCAACAAGUUCUCCAAGUACUACCAGCGGCACAAGGCCAUGGACGCCGACCAGGGCGACGGCGACGGCGGCGGCGGCGACGUGGGCGGCCGCGACCCCGAUCUUCCGUACUUCAACGUGCGGGACCUGUACGCCCACCGGAUGAACUCCUUCCUCGCCAGCCUCUCGUCCGGCGGCGGCGACAGCGGGGACGACGACACCGACGCCUCCAGCAUCCGCGACGCGGAGGCGGCGUGCGGCGGGGCGGCGACCGCGCCUUGCCGUCAGGGGGCCGGGUGAGCGGCGGCGGCGUUGCCGGCGGCGAUGGCGAUGGCGGUGAUGGCGGCUCGUCUGCAGGGAAGCUCUCGCAGGAACGCGCUCCUCCCUCAACUUGAAAGCACUUUGCGCUUCUCUCAGGGCCCGGUUAUCGAUUCGACGCGCGUCUCUUUAUGUUGUCCUCCGCCCCUCCCCCCUCCCAGGGCGUUAUCGGAGGCAGGCUAGGCCCGGACAACGCACGUGCUCAGUGCUAGCUUCGUAUCAGCAACUGAAAUUACAUUAUUUAAAAAAAAAAAAACAAACAAACAAAAAAAAAUAGUAAUUUAGGAGGUCUUCCCAGUCAAGCUCCAUUUUGUCCCCGCUUUCCAGACUGAGAACAUUCGGAAGAAAAUGAACCGAUUCCAAAAACGUUGGAGAGAACAAACGAGCGGAUUAAUUAUUCAUCUUGUUGGAAAACAAUUAAGUAUUUAUGGUAGUGCCUGGAAAAAAAAGGAAAAAAAGCUCUGAGAGUAUUUUAUGAUAUUGAUACCUGCGGAAAAUGUUUGAAUUGAUAAAAUGGCAUGCCGUUGCAGGUCCUGCUCCUGGCUCUUCCUGUUUGGGAUGGGAUGAAUGCAUGCACAAUCCCUGGACCAGGGGAAAUGGUACGGACAUUACCAUCGAAUAAAGCUAUGAUCUAAAACAGCUAUGCAUUCUCCUUCAUCAUUAAUUCAAUAAUAACAUGCUUAUAUUUUUGUAUUUAUUUCUUACAGAACGUGUAUGUAUCAUAUGAAUGUGCUAAUUGCGGUAUUGCAGUUUGCUCAUUUUGGGUAAUAUCUGACAUUUUUAGAGUUGUAGAUGUCAACAGCAUUUUGCCUUCAGUUUUAUUCAUGCACUGUUCUGUUAAUGAUGAUAUUUAUUUUGCUGCCGAAUAUCUUGCUUGUCAGUCAGAGAACUUUGUUUAUUAUUUUAUUUGAACAAAAUCAUAGAAGAGACGUGACCCUUGAAGUAUUCAUUGAAUAUAGUUAAAACUCCAGCUGUGUCCUGUAGUUUUAACUAUAUUUACGGAGGUUCACAGUAAAUAUCAAGCUUAUAAGACUAUGAGUUGCGUCAAAUGUUUCUUACUUUAUUGGAUAACACUUUCUAUGAACAGUCGUUCAUGAGAGCUAUUUAACUCUAUCUUGAAUUCUUAUGUCAAUAAUGUCAAUAAUGCCAUUUGCUGAAUCAGUGUUGUGUUGACAUGACAUACAGUAUGUCUAUUAUUGGCAUAAACAUAUUUGAAUGUUUAUAUAGUGCUUAUGAAUGCAUUAUAAACUGUUCCUGAAACAGUUACAAAGCUCUUAUAAAGGGCUGUUCAUAGAAAGUGUUAACCUUAAUUUAUUGACAAAUAAGAAUAUAAGAAUAUAUCCCCAACCCCCAAUCUUGAUGGGGGAAAUUAAUCCACGGUCCACCCCUGUAACCUGUAGGCUACUUCCCUUACGUUUGAAACUUCAUUCCUCUCAGCAUUCUGUGUCCUCAUCGUUGACUUACGGUGUGUGUAGCAACACGAAUAAUGCAAACACAAAUCCCAUUUUAAGAACAAUGCCUUAAUCUUGCUAACGUAAGAGGUACUGUAAAGGAAAGUGCCUCGCUUGCGAGAUGACUCUCCUCUGCUUGGUUUCGAUUUGGCCCGGUCAGAGUGAGAGAAAUACUACUACUAUCAGCGUACAUUAAGAGCGUGUGUUCGGACCGAAGGGAAACAAAAUGGCGGAGCUUUGACCCGCUGUCUCACAGGCGUUAGCGUGUUUCCGGUGCGUCUGUCUCCCCUUAACAGGCCGGAUGACAACGCGGUUGGCCUGUCGUCGUUUAGAAGAGAGCACCUGUUUAUUUUGUCGUAUUUUGCCAGUCUUUAAGAGGAGAAUGUGGCAGGUGUUAACAUUUGCACUAAUCGCCAAGUUUUUAUUUCAGUUAAAAUGGGCUCGUUUUUUUUUUUUGUAAUUUUAUUAUUCUGUCACGGUAGCCACUUUUGUGCUGCAUUUAUUUAUUUAUUUAUUUUAGUCAGUUUGUUUU